CGGGAAGGAUGAUUUCUCAGUAGCGAUGGACUGGUGUGACAUUACAGGUUUAUAAAGGACGAUGUAAUGUUUCAGACACUCGCAACGGAAACAUGGAAGUUUGUUUUCUCCGUGGGCUCCUGUUGGUCGUCCUGUGGGCCUGGACGUUAGCAGACGAUGGACAGGUGACAUUUGUAUCCGAACUCUCGUCCAAACCGGCCCAGAAGUUGUCAAAGUACGGUUGGUACGGCAACGUGAGGCUGCAGAGGUUUCAUAUUCCAGAGGAAAGUGCCGUCGCUCGCUGGCUGUUCACCGUCACCAAGGGCCACAGCUUCCACUGUGGACAGCACAACGUCACCAUCCAUAUUCAAUAUGGUGCCCCUCCAGUUAUAAACCCAACAGGGACAAAGUUUCCAAAUGCAACACUAUGGAGCCCCUGUCUGUCUCUGAUCCUGCCGGUGACAUCACACAGCUCCACAACCUUUAACCUCUCCAAUCCUGCUCCCGGUGAUUGGUACAUCGGUGCCCACUUGCCUGAAGAUGAUGGGCGCAUUGAGCAGAAGGGCUUUCCGUCCUGCUCCUACUUCUUCCAGCCUCAGCUGUCAAUCAGGAGAGCGGUGGACACACCCAUUUUACAGCAGGGCACAUUCCUCCAGCAGACUGCAGCACCUGACAAACCUGCACGCCUUAAGUUGUAUGUUCCAGAGUUUGCCUCCUCUCUCUCCGUCUCCGUGGCUGACUGUUCGUCAGGGGAGGGAGCAGACGGUGAAAACUGUUCACUGCUCCUCAGGCUCGGCUCCACCUCUCUGCAGCAGCGCCCAGUAACAGUGAACUGCUCAGGGAUUACCUGCUCCGCAGCUCUUUCCAACCCACCUUGGGAUACCUGGUUACGGGUUGUUGUGGAGAGCAGCCUCGACAACCGCACUGUGACCUUUAGUAUCGUCUCAAACUACACAGUGGGGUGUAAGCCAAAAAGCGUAGGCCUUAAAGUGGAUGAUGACAUCACCAAGCUCCGCGGCAACAGCAGCUACGCCAACUCAACAUCAGCAGGCAACAGCUCAGUGGUCACAGACGCAGCCGCCUUAUACAACGAAUCAGUAUCACUGUUAACACCUCUGUUGCCGUCGGCGUGUGUGUGGAACAUCCCCGUGCUCUACGAGGAGGUGGACGUACUGUCGCUCCGAUUCACACCUGUCAACGGACCAAAUGUCAGUGUCACAGAUACACACCCCACACUGCUCACUUACCCCCUGCACCCACAGGCCACCGGUGGCACACUCAACCUACAGCUCACACUCAACACUACUAAUGUAACCCUGGGGAACGGCAGCAGUGUGGUGGCCUGUCUCUCUCCAUGGGCUCCAGUCCUCGAGCUCAACCACUCUCAACCCUGUCGCACAGCUUUGUUUGGAGGAUACGGUGUUCAUGUGAAUGUCAGCGUUCCUAAAGCUGUGGUCAGGCUGCCUUUUCCUCAGUCGACAACAUGGUACCUCACCCUGCAGCUAACAUGCAACAGCAGCGACUGUGGUAAUACAUCGUUGGUGUCUGUGCUCCCAGAGGUGUUCAUCAGCGCCUGUGUAGAGGACUGUGGGACAUAUGGUGAAUGUAGACUGCUGAGAUCCUACAGCUACCUGUACGCUGCCUGUGUCUGCAAGGCUGGCUGGAGCGGUUGGGGCUGCACCGAUGAUUCGACAGCUCAGUCGUACCGCCGCCAGCUGGCAGCAACUCUUCUGCUCACGCUCAGUAACCUCUCCUUCCUGCCUGCCAUGGUGGUGGCCAUCAAACGCUGCUACAUCACUGAGGCCUCUGUCUACCUCUUCACAAUGUUCUUCUCCACGUUCUAUCACGCGUGUGACCAGCCCGGUGUAGCUGUACUGUGUAUAAUGGACUACGAUACCCUACAAUACUGUGACUUCCUGGGGUCGGUCUGCUCCAUCUGGGUCACCAUCCUGUGCAUGGCUCGCAUCAGAGACACUUUCAAAUAUACUCUGUUCAUGCUCGGGGCUCUGCUGAUAGCCAUGUCAAUGCAGCUGGACCGCAAAGGCCUGUGGAACCUGCUGGGCCCUGUCCUGUGUGCCAUACUGUUCAUGGUCAUUGCCUGGGUGUACCGAGGGGCAAAGCGACGACAGUGCUACCCGCCUUCUUGGAGACGCUGGGUCUUCUUCCUCCUCCCAGGAGCACUCUGUGCCCUGAUCGGGGUAUGUUUAUACAUUUUUGCCGAGACAGAGGACAACUACUACUACACACACUCGCUGUGGCACAUCCUGGUGGCCAGCUGCGUGGUGUUCCUGCUGCCGCCGAAGGAGAAGGACAGGGAGGCAAUGGGCUGGAGCCGCGGCUGGAGCUGGAGCUGGAGACCCCGGGUUUGUGGGUACACGCUCUGUCAGAGCAGCAAGGAUGAACUCUACACUGUCACAUAGUGGGACAGGAGAUUCUGUAAGGAAGCAAAGUGACCAGACAUUGAUUGUUAAACAGAACUGCAAACAUUCACGUAACAGGUAAAACGACACACAGGGUGUCGGAACCUUACAAAAUCCUUAAAGGGACAGUUCACCACAAAUCAAAAACACACAUUUCCGCUUACAUGUAGUGCUGUUUAUCAGCCUGAU